AUGUCAUUCCUAUCCGACACGGUGUUACCUGGCACUGGCAGAUUACCCCUAGAACGACCCUCCAAAGGAAAGAGCGGCCGAACAAGCCUCAGGAAGAGCCGCAGCCAUGCCAGCUUCGUGGCCUCGCUCGUGCGCUUUGCCAGAGACCCCGCAGCAAACCUGGAGGGGUUUGCUACUAACACCGCUCAUGACCCCAUCCAAGUAGAUGCCAAACGGGCCGUCAAGGCCGCCGAGGAGGAUCGUAAACAGAUUUGGUAUUUGCGGUUGCGCAAUGCCGAGACGUACGAAGAGUUCCGGUCCGCAGCGACAGCGCUAGAUACGCUAGAAGGCAACGACGUGUGGAAGUGCGACGAUGCCUCGGACGAGUACAACGCUACACUCGUUGCUGCCCGCCUAAAGCAGCUCGAAGAAGCUCGCAUCAGCUGCGACGUGACGAAGAUGCUGUUUCUGAUUCGAACCUCUCUCACACGCGACCUCGGAGGAAUGGGCGACCUGCGCUUAUACAAGCACUCCCACAUUGGGACCAAGAGGCUCAUUGAGAGAUAUAUCGAAUCCGCACAAAACCUUCUUGCUGCUCUGCUCGACGUCUCGGCCAAACAGGGUGCCAGCUGUCCGGUCAAGACCAACAUCCUCGUGGAGCAGCUGCUGCUCGCUCGCCAAUCUUUCGGCAGGAGCGCCCUGCUACUCUCCGGAGGAGGAACUCUCGGCAUGAAUCACAUUGGCGUCGUCAAAAGCCUCUGGGAGCAGCGCCUACUGCCGCGUAUCGUAUCUGGCGCCUCUGCUGGGAGUAUUGUAUGUGCGGUUCUUUGCAGCAAGACCGACGAGGAGAUUCCGAAAGUCUUGGAAGAAUUCUGUCAUGGCGACUUGGCCGUCUUUGAAAAGGAGGGCGAAGAAGAAGGCUUAAUGAAGAGGAUCACUCGGUUCCUGAAAUACGGUGCCCUGUUUGAUAUUUCCCUCCUGGGCAGCGUUCUGAGAAAUCUGCUGGGCGACAUCACCUUUCUGGAAUCGUACAACCGCACGCGCCGGAUCCUGAACAUCACGGUGUCGUCGGCUAGUCUUUAUGAACUCCCGAGGCUACUGAACUAUAUCACGGCACCCAAUGUAAUGAUCUGGUCCGCUGUUUGUGCUUCCUGCUCGGUUCCGUUCAUAUUCUCGGCCGCUUCAUUGCUGGCGAAAGACCCUCGGACGGGCAAGGAGGUUCCAUGGAAUCAAACUCCGAAUGCAAGCUGGAUCGACGGCUCUGUGGACAACGACCUGCCCAUGACUCGUCUGGCUGAGAUGUUCAACGUCAACCAUUUCAUCGUCUCUCAGGUCAAUCCGCACGUUGUUCCCUUCCUAGCAAGGGAGGAAGAUACGAUAGCUGCAGACGCUCAACAGCAAGCGGCCGUUUCAGCAACUUCGACCUGGAUUCAUGAUCUGGCCAAUCUCGCCAAAGAGGAGGCAUCGCAUCGCCUGCAAUUUCUUUCCGAAUUGGGCAUUUUCCCUAACUAUCUGACAAAAAUUCGAUCUGUCAUCAACCAGCGCUACUCUGGAGACAUUACAAUCUUCCCGUCGAUAUCCUACAGCCAAUUUCCCAAGGUGCUGAGUAACCCCACACCGGAAUUCAUGCAGCAAUGCCUUCUUACCGGCGAACGAGCGACGUGGUCCAAGCUAUCCCGGAUACAAAACCACCUUGCGAUCGAACUCGCAUUGGAUGACACUCUCCGACAGCUUCGUGCCAGGGCGGUGUUCAGCGCCGAAGAGCCGCACGUACGAUUCCACGAUCCCACUCGACCGCGGAGCCAUCAUGGCGAAAACUCAAGACUCUCCUCCCGUCAUAGACCAAGCACGAGUCUGACAACAACAGGCUUACCCCAUUCUCUACAUCCACCCUCCCCUAUCAAGAAACAUCAGCUGGUUCGCCUACCAUCAUCUCACGUGGUCCGACCGUCACAAUCACUAGAGUUUGCUCGAACCGACGCACCUCCAAUUCCCACACAAACGAUAUCGGCGUCACCCAAUGGGAAUGGUACUUCAUCGGUCAAGAUGCCUGCAGAAAGCGAUAUCUCGCUAUCCCCACCCGGUUCGUCCUUACCAAACCUUUGGCCCAACAAUGGCCCCCUGUUCCCCUUCGCAUCGCAACCUACAACCCCAGGUCCCCCGCCUUCCCAUGUAGUCCACCAGAACAGCUCCUUCCCACCCUAG